AUGUGCAAAUGGUACUGCACGAGUUCAGGCCCUUCGACCAACCUCACCUGCUUGCAUUGUGGAGUGCACUAUUGUGGAGCAUGCUUGAACGGUGAAGCUGGCAAAAUGCAGUCGUUGGUGAAAUGCGCUGGCUGCGGCAAGAAACCCGGUGUCAAGACGAACGGCAACCGAAACUCGUGGACUGCGGUGUGCAAUGCACCUUGCAACGAACGGGGUGCGCCACGCUAUGACAAUGAUGAUGGUAUUGCCAACAGCGCCUUUACGAGUGGGCUACGCGCCACCGGUGCUCAGGAGACGAACGAAGCCGCCCAGCGGCGCGUGCGCCAGCAUUCCCUCCGCGGACCUGAGCGGUUCUUCUAUGACAGGAGCACCUACACCGGUACCCACUCCAACGGUGGACCGGAGCAUGUGGCCAAAGGUGCAGAGUCAGCACCUGACCGGACAUGGAAGAGGCCUUCUGCAGAGCUGGAAGACCUGGCACGCCUGACCUUGCUGUCUGGAGGAGCUGCAGCGCCACCAGCGAGCCCCUCCUGCUUGCCGGAUGUGGUCCCAGCGCACGCCCUGCCUCCCGCGGCGCUAGUGGCGGCCGUGGGCUGGUGGGCCCCGAACGCUUCUUCUACGACCGCAGCACGUACACCGGCACCCACACCCGCGGUGGACCCAGCUCUGUGGCGAAGGGCGGUGGCACCUCCUUCGAUCAGAGCUGGAAACGACCCGGGGACGCUGGGCCGAACGGGGUCGUUAUGGCGAUAUCCCAGCAAGCCUACGAGCAUGCCUGACUACAUGCGCAGGGCAUUUCGCAUGAAGUGCUUUUUGCUUGUCACUCUGCAGCUGGUGUGUGUCUUCACCAUCAAGGCGGUGGUAGACCACUUUCGCCCCUGGGAGGAGGUCUUGAUGUACGGCAACCUGACCUAUGCGAAACGAGAGAUCUUCUUCUAUACCUUUGGCACGGGGACGUUGCUCUGCACGCUGGGGAUGCAUUGCCUCCGAGAAAGAUAUCCCUGGAACUACGUGAUGCUGGCCAUGACCACGCUCUUAGCGGGCGUCUUCUGGGGGAUGCUGCGGGCCGUGGUCUUGUCCACCCUCCACUUCCAGAUUCUCAGCAUCCUGAUCGUCACCAUGUCCGUGGCCACUGUACUGUCGCACAUCUCCAUGCGCUUUAUCUCCAUGCCGCUUUUGUGCCUCUUGGCGCCCGGCUGGCUUUGCGGCUCGCUUGCCUGCGCAUUUGUGGUGAGUGUCCAUUUGACCGAUGCAGAUCGGCAAGUCGUGUGGGCCUCCACAGGACUCUCGAUGCUUCUGCUGAUCAUUCUAUCUCUGGAUGCAGGCAGGUACCUGAAGCAGUGUAAGCCCGACGACUUUAUGAAUGUGGUGGUGGCGAUGAAUUCCACGUUGAUGGUUGUCGUCAGCAUCCCUUUCUUCGUCCUAUCCUUUUGCUUCAUCCACGGCAGUGAGGUGGUUGCAGAGCAGGCGCAGGCGGCUGAAGCGCCUGGGCUGCCUGUGAGCAACGUGUCACCGGAGGCCAUUGAUCGACUGGAGCGUGGAGAUCCAGGCCCCGCAGAUCGCGGAGUGGCGGCGGAGGCCACGGCGGAGCGGCCGCGGAGGUUUCCGGAGACGGUGCAACGACAGGAGAGAGAAUCGGUGGAACCGGUCUACGUGAUGGCAAUGUAA